AUGGGAGUGGAAAGCGGAGGUGCAAAGGAAGAGGACGCAGAACAGGAGGAUAGUGCCAAUAAUGCGACGGUCUCAUCAUUCUCAACUGCCCCCGAACAAGAAGUGUCUACUUCGCGUAGCAAUUUGGAUAGUGAACCGACCCUGGAAUCUACUCAAUCGGACAAGUCGCCAGUUAGAUCUCAUGAUCGGUCGUUCAGCGACGACUCUAGGCAUUGUGAAGGAACUCCUCCAACAUGUAGAAAUGGUGUAAUGGAUUUGUCCCGUCGUGGUUUGAACCAACUUGAUCGAAAAUUUCGGAAAGAAUACGGUUGUGUAAAGAAGCUCAUCAUUAGGUGUAAUGAAUUUAAAAAUGUGGCAGGCUUCGAUAUGUUCAAGCAGUCGUUUGUCAAUCUAGAAACUUUAGAUAUUUCAUCCAAUUAUAUUGAGAGCAUUCCAGUUGGGCUCGACAAUCCUCGUCUGUCAUGCUUAGAUUUAAGUUCGAAUGCAAUAACAUCCUUGCCGGAUUUACUCAAGUUAAGAUCUUUAACACGUUUGGAUAUCUCAUCAAAUAGAAUCUCAUCAUUAAAGGGAGCCGUUCUUCCGAAGCAACUGUUAUCUCUGAAUAUUGCCUCCAAUCACAUAGAUGAUCUCACAGAAUUCAUGCGAUUGCUACCUCUAGAGAAGAUGGAAUCGAUUUCAUUGGCCAAUAAUCCCUGCAUAUCGAGUCCGUCGUUUGACUAUCGCAUAUAUAUCUUGUCGGUGUUACCUUCACUGCAAGACAUUGACGGUUUCAUAGUAACCGAAGAGGAACAACUCAAAGGUGAAUGGCUAUAUAGCCAAGGAAAAGGACGAUCGUUCAAGCCUGAUACUGGAGCGCAUACGGCUCUUGUGAAGUAUUUGGAGCGAUAUUGUCCAUUUGAUGUGGAAGGCAAGCUGGUCUCAACUUUGGACCAGUCUGUAGUGAAGGUGAUGGAAAAAAGGCGAGAGAUGCUCAGUCAUAGCGGGUACGAUGAUGACUCUUCUCAAUCUCUCAGCGUACAUUCCCCCUACGGAGCAUGGGCCGCUCAUUUAGAAGGGAAAGAAAAUCGAAUCCCAGUUCUUAGUGGCACGAAACAUUUGUAG